AGAGUAAAUACAAUAAUAAUGUUACACGAUGGAAAAGAAAUCAAAUAGAAAGAUAUUUAAACACAGUAAUACUAAAAUACUACUACUAAAAAUAAUAUUACUAAUAAUAAUCACGAUGAUAAUAAUAAUAAAACAGAUGUAAACGUGACGCGGUGAUGCGACAGCUGUUCAUAUUGAUGAUCGAGAAAGAUGAUCAGCGGGAAAAUGAUCCGCAGUGAAUUCAGAUCAAUUCUGCAGUUAUUCAGGCUUCAUUCGACCCGAAACGCGUUCAUGUGAGAAACUGAAUGUGCUGAAAUGAGUCUCGCGCGAGCGGAGAGCAGGACUCGUGUGUUUUCACACAGAGAUUACAGAGUCAUCAGGAAGAUCGGAGAGGGAACUUUCUCUGAGGUGAUGAAGGUCCAGAGCCUGAAGGACGGGAAACACUACGCCUGUAAAACCAUGAAACAGACCAUCGCGAGUGUGGAUCAGGCUCACGGUCUCAGGGAGGUUCAAGCCAUGAAGCGCUUGAGUCCUCAUCCCAACAUCCUCCAGCUUCACGAGCUCAUCUACGAUAAAGACACCGGGACUCUGUCGCUGAUAUGCGAGCUCAUGGAAAUGAACAUAUACGAGUUCAUCAAAGGUGUGUGUUUGUGCGUCAGAUGCUUCAUGUUUGAAUAUGAAUCACACAGAAGGAAUACGCUGGUUAUAUUUCCUCUUCCAGGGCGGCAACAUCCGGUGUCUGAGAGCAAAGCCAAGCACUACAUGUAUCAGCUGUGCCGGUCUCUGGAUCACAUGCACAGCCAUGGAAUAUUCCACAGAGAUGUGAAGCCGGAGAACAUCUUGAUCAAAAAUGACGUGCUGAAGCUGGCGGACUUCGGCUCCUGCAGGAGCAUCUACUCCAAACCUCCUCACACCGAGUACAUCUCCACCCGCUGGUACCGCGCGCCGGAGUGUCUGCUGACCGACGGACACUACUCUCAGAAGAUGGACAUGUGGAGUGCUGGAUGCGUCUUCUUUGAAAUCCUCAGUUUGAGCCCUUUAUUCCCCGGACGUAACGAGUUGGACCAGGUCAACAAGAUCCACGAUGUGCUGGGAACGCCGGACGGAACGCUGCUGCAAAAGUUCAAACAGUCUCGUGCGAUGCGCUUCGAUUUCCCACCUCGCAAAGGCUGCGGGAUCUCUCAGCUGGUUCCUCACUGUUCUGCAGCCGGCCUGUCUCUGCUGCACCAGAUGUUGACCUAUGACCCCGAGGAGCGCAUCAGCGCCCGCGCAGCACUGCAGCACCCCUGCUUCAGAGAGCUGCGGGUGGCGGAGAGGAAAGCAGCGAGCCUGCGGAAGGCGGUGGGAGCGGCGGACGGAGAGUCCAGCGGGACGUCUGUGGAUCAGCUGUGGCGUCUCGCGCGGCAGGGCAGAAGACAGCAUCUCAAGCACGCCGGCGACCCGCUCAGCCGACGAAACGCCUCUCAUUUCCCUCUGGAGCUGCCCAAACUCAACGUCGUGGUCCCGACACCAAAAAUCCCGUACCCGGUGUCCAGCUUCCCGGCCCUGACGGUUUCUCACCGCGGCUCUCUGCCUGCCAUCCCAAAAAAGUGCCACUCACGUCUGAGCAAACCCAAAGAGGAGCCACACCAUUUCAAGAGCUACUUCAUGCCUCCGCUGGAGCGCCACCCGCAGGACUACUGAUGUCAGCAAGCCACGCCCCUUGAACCCACAGGACUACUGAUGUCAGCAAGCCACGCCCCCAAACCCAGAGGACCAAUGCAAGUAAUGGCGUGUCUGCAGGAUGGGUUUAUAUCAAUGUUGUUUUGAACAGACUGAAAAUGUCAACAUUUCCAUUUCACAUAAUAAAAUAAAGUUCUUUGUACACACAGAAA